CCCCACUCGUGCUCUGUGGACUCACAGGAGCAGUGUUGUGGGACCUGUUGCUGACGUGGAGACGUGGAAGGGGGACUUAUUUGAUUGCGUCCUUGCAAACUACCGACGGUUUGAAGAGUUGCAUGUUGUUGCUACUCUGCAAGGGCGAGAGUGCGUGGUUCUGCAAGCUGUCGGCGUGUUGGAUCCUACAAGCCCAAGAGUGUUGCGUCACGUGGUUCAAGGUUCCGCGUUCCGGUUCCACCUACAAUGCUUCUCACGCAGGCACUGACGUCGAUGUUGUUCCUGGUGGUAGGGCCCUCGACCGGCCGGGCUGCGUUCGAGGGCCCGCUGCCCCUGCAGGAGGUGGAAGAGCACCAUGUGACCUACUCCCAGCACACGGAGCCCUUGGGGCUCGACCCCUCGCUCAGGGGAAGAGCUGCCUGCUGCUACGGCGAAGGUGUGGCUCGGGCAGCGGAAGCUCUGGGCGGACUUAGGGACGUCGUGGCUUCACUUCACGCCAGAAGCGUUGCAUCUGAUCAUGGAGCCGCGUGCCCCUACCCAUACACAAAGGUGAUCAGCGAGUGCUUCUAUGCCCACCAGAAGAAGCUGACGUGGUCACAGGCGCGGCGGGUAUGUCAGGGUAUGGGAGGGCACUUGGCGGAACCCGUCCAUCCCUACGGUCUCCAGGCCUACCUCGCUCAUUCCUACGGACCCGGGUACUUCUGGGUGGGAGGCACUGACGAAGGUGCAGAAGGUUCCUGGCACUGGGUGAAAUCGGGUCGGUCCAUUGACGCCGCUGACUGGCUCUUCUCCCGUCCGGACAAUCGAGCUGGGAAUGAACACUGCCUCGAGAUAGUCAUGUCUGACUACCCGGGGCUUUACAACGACGAGACCUGCUCUGUGUCGCAAAGGUUCAUCUGUCAGUAUAAACACAGCGAGUGAACCCUGAGUCUUUGGACAACGAGACCUGUGCUGUGUCGCAAAGGUUCAUCUGUCAGUAUAAACACAGCGAGUGAACCCUGAGUCUUUGGACAACGAGACCUGUGCUGUGUCGCAAAGGUUCAUCUGCCAAUAUAAACACAGCGAGUGAACCCUGAGUCUUUGGACAACGAGACCUGUGCUGUGUCGCAAAGGUUCAUCUGCCAAUAUAAACACAGCGAGUGAACCCUGAGUCUUUGGACAACGAGACCUGUGCUGUGUCGCAAAGGUUCAUCUGCCAGUAUAAACACAGCGAGUGAACCCUGAGUCUUUGGACAACGAGACCUGUGCUGUGUCGCAAAGGUUCAGCUGCCAGUAUAAACACAGCGAGUGAACCCUGAGUCUUUGGACAACGAAACCUGCUCUGUGUCGCAAAGGUUCAUCUGCCAGUAUAAACACAUCGAGUGAACCCUGAGUCUUUGGACAACGAAACCUGCUCUGUGUCGCAAAGGUUCAUCUGCCAGUAUAAACACAUCGAGUGAACCCUGAGUCUUUGGACAACGAAACCUGCUCUGUGUCGCAAAGGUUCAUCUGCCAGUAUAAACACAUCGAGUGAACCCUGAGUCUUUGGACAACGAGACCUGCUCUGUGUCGCAAAGGUUCAUCUGCCAGUAUAAACACAUCGAGUGAACCCUGAGUCUUUGGACAACGAGACCUGCUCUGUGUCGCAAAGGUUCAUCUGCCAGCGUACGCUACACAGAUGGAUCUUUAAGGAGGAACUUCACGUCGUCAUGUACAGCCCAUCAUCAAAACACUGGUCGAAUGUUUGUUAAUUCCAGCGGCCAAACCCCAACUGUUUAUGAAUUAAAACUCUUUACACGUCACCUGCAACAACCCGUCCUCAGGCCAGGCUCGUUAAAGCUGCGACCGUCCCCCCAAGAUGCAUUCAUCAAUUGUAACAUAUUGUUUAUUGAAUCUGGACUUGGUCUCAUUUGAAUAUUAAUAUUAUACAUUAGUUUUAUGUAUAAUUGGGCAUUGGUUAGAUUAGGUUAGGUGUUUAGGUUCUUUUGGCAAUUAUUUGUAUUUGAAGUACGUUAGUGAAGCAGUUACAGAACUGUGAUUCGAACGGAGGUCGCCAGCGAAGAGCUUCUCGAAAAAUGUUCGAACGUCAUCAGUUGUGAGUCGUGUGUAAGCCGCUUUUCAUUCAUCAGCCGAGAGGUCUGUCGACUGGCUGAACGAACAAUUGGGCUUUGUUGAUGAGGACGGGCUGCACACACCUAAUUGUGUUCGAGCUUUUCUCAAAGAGUGCUUCGCUCACUUCCUAUCUUCAUUCGCGACUCGUCCUCAACAACGAAGGCCAAAUGCUCAUUAAUCCACACAUGAACCCCACCCCCCCCACCCCC